GAUUAGCGAGGUAUGUUUAUAGUAUUUUGUUGUAAAGUUUUGAGAGAUUGUGGGUGAAUGUUGGUUGUGAUGAUUCACAAAGCGGAUCAAUAGGUCUUGGAGAGUAAUUUCUAACAAAGAAAGCAGUGUGGGGCUAGCAAAUUGCAGCUUUCCACUGACCACAAGGUGUGUGCUGUUGCACUCAGCACACUACAUUAUAUUUUGAAAGAUAAGGCAUCCAACAGUGAUUUCAGAAAAGUAAAAAUCUAUGGAAGACAUCACUGAAGAACUGCCUACUAAGCGAAGAAAAAUUGAAGAUGUCUCUCAACAUAAUGGUGAUGCUGCAAGAGAAAGUGACGAAAAGACAGCAAAAACUAAACCUUCACUUCAAAUUGAACCCAAAGUCCUGGCACGUUUGAGACAAAUAGCUAAAAACACUAGUAUAAUAGGUGGUCCCAACUCACCUCAGAAGCAAAGUGAUCAUAAAAAUGAUGAUAUCAAGGUUGUCACAGCAACAAAAAAAUCACAUGACCAAAACCAAAACAAAGAUGAAGCAACUGCAGACACGACUAAAGAUACAAGUGACGUCAUCAUUUCUUCGGCUGGCUCGUCACCAGCUCACUCACCAAAACCAGAGGAUUUGACCGUGCUUUCUACCCCACCCAAAAUGGCCAUGACAAAAGGCAAUCAUGUCGACAGCAAAGCCGUAUCCAAAAAACUUUUAGGCCAGCUUGAGGACCGGGAUGAAAACAGGGAUCCCAAUGGAGAAAAUAAAGAACUACUCGGUAUCCCAGGCGACACUCACGACGAUUCUUCCAAGACGAAAGCAGUAGAUGAACAGAAAACUAAGAGCGUGGUAGAGACCAAAUCUAGUUCAUCAACAGCACAAACGCCGCCGCUCAGUUUAGACACGGCAGAGCUGAAAAAGGUCCUAAAAGUGCUGAUAGAAGAAAAGUUUAAGCAAGUGGAAGAUGUUUAUCAAAACCAAGAAUCGGAGACGGUGCUGAUUAACAGAAUCGCUCGACUUGAGGAAGAAAACCGAAAUCUGCAUGAGUACGCUGCAAAACUUGAGAAGGCAGUGAAAUUCCUUUUAGACAACCAAAAGAGCAAGAAAGAUAAACAAAGUAAAAGUGCACAAACGGACGAUCUUGUCUUGUCUAAGGUAAAAGCUGUAGCUCAUAACACGCCAUCUCCACCGAUCAUCCACAUAUCACAACCAACCAAACAAGUAACUCCAUUAACAACACCUACAUUACCAGCACAAAGUCAAGUACCAAUAAACCAGGUCAAUAAACAAGGUACACCAGUAACAUCAAGAUUGACAGCCACACAGGCAGCAAUUCCUGGACACUYUGUAACACCAGCCUCGCUUCCACAACGUGCUACGUACUCACAACAACAUGUAAGUGUUCCCAACCCUACGUUGAAGCCUCCUCAAGGCCCAAGGAUGCCACAAUAUCCUUCAAAUGUGGCCCAGUUAGGUGUGCCAACAUCACCAACACGGCGGCCUGCUCCAGUUACUGUAACGGUACAUCCACAAACGACUACGGCUACUAUGAUCCCUUCCGCUUCCUACCCAGCACAAGUACAGAAGAGUACGUAUGUUACUAAUACGGUUAUAAGUCAACCACGCCCUCCCGCAUCACACCCUCAUCAGCAACUACAACGUCUGCCAGGUCCUCAACCCAUGGUAGUCUAUCAACGACCUCCAGCCCAGCAACAAGCACCUCUGGCUGUUCAACCCGUGCAGCAAUAUCCCAAUUCAUUAGCUAUGAGAUCGCCACCGAGCUCAAGACCAGGAACUCAGGUGGUCCAGCAUCAGGUCCCGGUCGUGAACAAUCAAACAAGAAUACCACAGAACACGCCUAAUAACUUUCAACACGUUCGACCACAGAUACCUCAAAACAUGGCAGUCUCCCCUCGGAAUGUAAUGGGCGCGGCAAAUCAGGAACAGGGCGGCAAUAAGGAUGCUCCUGGGCGCCCUGUUGUCUCCAUUGCGGUCGUUUCCAAUGGUAUUGUCCUUUCAUGGAAUAUGCAUAACAAUACGUCAUCGACGCGAAUCGCCAGGUAUCAGCUGUUCGCGCUACAAGACACAAAAAAUGCUCAGUGGAAGAAGAUUGGUGUGGUGAAUGCCCUUCCGUUACCUAUGGCUUGUACACUGACACAAUUCAUGCCCGGUAAUAAAUAUCACUUUACAGUCCGGGCACAAGACGAGCAUGGUCGCUGUGGACCAUUGAGUGAAGCUUGUACUGUUACUCUUACUUGAUAACCACUAGUUUGCAGCUAAACUUCUGAAUGCAAAACCCCUGGAAAUGUGGGAAUAGAUAUUUUAAUCCGUCCACACGAAAUUUUGUUUGGAAUCAUCAAGUUUUUCACGCAUUCGAGGAAAAAUAUAUUUGAAUCCGGAUCGUAGACAACAAAGUCUGCUACGAACAUUUUGUGGAUUCUAAAGUGUCCAUAACGCUAGGUCAUUGAUCUAUUUCCUCUUGGUCAGGGUUUUUAUCAAACACAAACUUGGAUAAAUUUAGCAUAUUUGUAGACUCUUUGUAUGCUCUCAUCAGCCAGAUUUUAAUCUAAAGGAUUUUAGAUGUUUGUAAGGACUUUUUAAAUUAUUUAAGUAUUGAUAAUGUACACUGUGGCUCGGUUAACCUGCGUGGUGGCUCUAGGGUUUACGCGCGACCGUCUUUCUUCUCCCCAGUCCCCUUCUAGGGCGGCGACGCAGACUUGGGCCACCUUAAUAAGAGUUUAAGUUUAAUGCUAUAGGAUGCACAUCAACUUCGUCCCUAGGGCCUUGAACUAUAGAGAAGCCCUGGAAACGAGGUUAAGAUGCACAUCCCCGGCUCUCAUAUAGGAUUUUCCACGCAACUGCGGUUUCAUCUCAUAUUUUUAUUGUCUGCCUUUUUGUGGCUAGCGUCACAUUGCGACUUUUCUUGAGACACUGUCGCAAGAAUAGUCCUUAUAAUGACGCUGACUACCCGCUACGAAAAAAUAAAUUUAUAAAGUUGAGAUCAGCGAGAACUUAGGCAAAGCAUUAGUGUUUCUUUUUUUGUAAAGUAUUCCUAUACUAAAAUAUUUCCAGACUGUAUAUUUUUCAUUAGUUUUUAGCGGGUAUUAGCAUGUAAAAGCAGAGACCUCAUGGUCGUUUUAUAUAUAGGACAAUUACCAAUGUUUGAUUUGCAACGUUGAUUAUAUAUCAUGGAUGAGUGAUGAGUAGAUUUUUUUAUGCGAUGAGAAUUAAUAAAGUGAUUAUAUUUUGUUUAGAA